AUGUCCGAGGGCAAAUCUCAUCCAAGCGGGCCCGACGACUCUCCUAAACAGCUCAUUACUGAAGCGGAGACUGCGAUCCAUGAAGCUGAGCGAGAAAUUUCUCAUGUAUCACAGCUGGUUGAGGAGUACCCCUUACUGUUGGGUGGCGAGGACGUGGCUGAGCUCCUCGAACGGCUCGCAAGCGCAGACACGAUGGCCCAGGGCAUGGAAUCUAAACUGGAUAACGUCAUAAACGACCUCGACACUCUCCUGUCAAUCCUUGGAGUCGAGGAGGAGAGGGCCAAGCAGGAGGGAGAGAGUGAUGCUUCCACAAGCAAAGCUGAGGAUCAUCAUGGUGAGGACGCAGCAUAA